AUGGCUUCCAACGCUGCUUGUAUCUUCUGCAGGAUCAUCAAGGGUGAAAUCCCUUGCAUGAAGCUCUUUGAGAGUGACCGCGUCCUUGCAUUCCUGGACAUCCAGCCUCUCAGCAAAGGUCAUGCGCUUGUGAUUCCUAAGUAUCACGGUGCUAAGCUCACUGAUAUCCCGGAUGCAGACCUGACGGAGCUCUUGCCCGUUGCAAAGAAGAUUGCUCUUGCAGCUGGUGUUACUGAUUACAACAUCCUCCAGAACAACGGCAGGGCAGCUCAUCAGGUCGUGGACCAUCUUCACGUUCAUAUGAUUCCAAAGCCCAAUGAAAAGGAGGGUCUUGGUAUUGGCUGGCCUGCAAAGGAGGCAAACCAGGACGAUCUCAAGGCUCUCUUGGAAGAGCUCAAGUCUAAGAUGUAA